AACAUCAAGCAUGAGAUGAGAUCUACUCACUCUGUUUGCUUUCAAGUUAUUUUCAGAACUCAUUACCCUCAUUUUCCUUCUUUAACUUAUUCACAAACUGAGUUUCACUAAACUUCACCACUCUGUUCACUCACUCUGUUUGCAUUUAAUCGUUGAUCACCGGAACCACCUUUUCCGGUGGAUUCUCGGAGCUCUGGUUGAUGAGGUAGUUUUCCGGGGACAAAAAUCCACCUGGGCCGGUGGAGGUGUGUGUGACUUGUGAGCGAAGAUGUUCAGAUGGAGGAGUGAGAGAAACAAGGUCAAAGCUGUUUUCAAACUCCAAUUCUAUGUCACCCAGAUAGUGCAAUCUGGGGUGGAUGCUUUGGUGCUGUCUAUAGUUCCAGGGGACAUUGGAAAGGUAACUACGAGGUUAGAGAAAGCUGCAAUUUGUGGUGGAGUUUGUAGAUGGGAGAGUCCUGUAUAUGAAACAGUGAAGUUUGUUCAGGAGCCUAAGACUGGGAAAUUCAGUGAGAGAAAAUAUCAUUUUGUGGUUUCUACGGGAUUGUCAAAAGCUAACUCCUUUGGGGAAGUUUCUAUAGACUUUGCUGAGUAUGCUGAGGCUACAAAGCUCUCUACUGUUUCUCUUCCCAUCAAGAAUUCUCAUUGUGAUGCCGUUUUGCAUGUAUCAAUUCAUAGACUACAAGAAAAUAAUGAUAAAAGAGAGGAAGAGCAAUGUGAAGACGACAAAUUAAAGUCCCAUGAUAGAAGUUUGAGGACCUAUUUAAGCAAUGGAGAUAUAGAUGCAAGCACUAAAAGUGAUUCUUCUGAAGAUGUUUCUGCCAAAGUAAAAACCAAUGGAGCAGAAUUGAAUACUGAUUGUAGGACAUCUAGUGGAUCUGACAUUACAUUGUCAAGUUCUGAUGGCAGCUCUGGACUUGAUACUCCCCGGGAACUUGGACUAAAUGGUAGCAUCCACCCCAACAACAAUGGUUUUCUAUCGGAUGUGAGCCACACUUCUGAGCCUCAAAAACCUGCUGUAGAUGCCUCAGCGUCAAUAUAUGAUGUACAUCAGAGAUCACCCUGGGACUGGUCAGCUGGUUCAGAACAUGGUUUGAGUACGGAUGGUUCAGCAAAUGGUUCUCAGGAUGCCCUCCCUAGGGAAAGAUCCAAUCAAACAUCAGAUAUGGAGAUUGAAAGACUCAAAGCUGAAGUUGCUGCUUUGGCCAGGCAGGUGGAUGUAUCAGACUUGGAACUACAAACUCUAAGGAAGCAAAUCAUAAAGGAAAGCAAACGAGGGCAGGACCUCUCAAAGGAAAUUGUUAGCUUGAAAGAGGAAAGAGAUACGCUCAAGAUUGAAUGUGAGAAUCUCCGGUCUUUUCACAAACGAAUGGAGGAGGCCAAAGCUAGAAAUAGGUCACACUUGGAAAGUGGUGAUCUUCGUACUCUUGUGGAAGAAAUUAGACAAGAAUUGAAGUACGAGAAGGACCUGAAUGCAAAUCUCCAAUUACAGCUAAAGAAGACACAAGAAUCAAACGCUGAACUAGUUCUUGCUGUCCAGGACCUGGAUGAAAUGCUGGAGCAGAAAAAUAGAGAAAUAUGUGGUCUUUCCAAUAAGAAUGAAGAGAGUAAAAAAUCCCGCGAGUUAGGGAGAAACCUCUCUAAUUGUGAAACAGACGACGAUGAAGAACAGAAAGAAUUGGAAGAGCUUGUUAAGGAGCACAGCAAUGCCAAGGACACAUAUUUACUUGAGCAAAAAAUUAUAGAUCUCUAUGGUGAAAUAGAAAUGUAUAGGAGGGACAAAGAUGAGUUAGAGAUGCAGAUGGAGCAGCUUGCACUGGACUAUGAGAUAUUGAAACAGGAAAACCAUGACAUUGCAUAUAAGCUUGAACAAAGCCAACUGCAAGAACAGUUAAAAUUGCAGUAUGAGUGCUCUUCUCCUCCUGCGGUUGAUGACCUUGAAACUCAUAUUCGGAGUCUGGAAAAUCAACUCAAGGAACAAUCGGAAGAAUUCUCAAAUUCUCUGGCUACCACCAAGGCACUUGAAACUGAAAUCAGCAGAUUAGAGGAGGAAAUGGAGAAACAAGCACAAGGAUUUGAAGCUGAUCUGGAUGCUGUGACACGUGACAAAAUUGAGCAGGAGCAAAGAGCCAUCCGUGCAGAGGAAGCUUUGAGAAAUACCAGAGUUAAAAAUGCCAAUACUGCAGAGAGGCUUCAAGAAGAAUUUAGAAGGCUCUCGAUGCAAAUGGCCUCAACAUUUGAUGCAAAUGAGAAGGCUACCAUGAGGGCAUUAACAGAAGCAAGUGAACUUCGGGUGCAGAAAAGACUAUGUGAAGAAAUGCUGCACAAAGUCAAAGAUGAGCUUCGGUCAGUCAAAGCUGAUUAUGAGGUAAAACUUACUGAAAUUUCCAACAAAAUAGACAUGAUGAGUGCUCAGAAACAACAGAUAUUGUUGGAAAUUGAGGACAAGUCCAAACAGCUUGAAAAUCAGAAAAAGCAUGAGGAACAAGUUAGUAGGGAUUUCUCUGAAGAGAUUCAGAUGCUAAAAGCUGAGAAUGAAAAGCUUAAAGUGGAUAUUUCAUGCUUCUCUGAGCAACUUGAACAAAAAGAAAUCUUAAGAAAUGACUUGAAACUUACGAAGAAAUCACUUGAGGAAUCGGAGAAUUGUUUACAUAAUAGAAUGGUGGAAAGAAAUGAGCUGGUGAGUACAAUUGCUUUAUUGAAGAAGGAAGCAGAAAGGUCACUCAAUGAGCUAAAUAGGAUGAAGCAUCUCAAGGAUGAAGAAGAGACAGCAGGUAGACUCUUGCAUUUGGAGUUAGAAGCACUUAGAGCUCAAUAUAGUGACUUAAAAUGUUCUCUUACUGAGGAUGAGACUGAGAAAGAAAGACUAAGAAAGCAAGUUUCCCAGCUAAAUGGCGAACUCAGGAAGAAGGAUGAAGCAUUGAUCAACAUUGAGAAGAGGUUCAAGGAUAGCAAUGGACGCACACAACUUUCUGAUGGAACUAAAACCAAUUUGACGAACAAGAAAGGUGUUUCAAUUCCUCAGAAUUCAAAAGAAAUGUCAAAUCUGAGAGAGAAAAUAAAAAUGCUUGAGGGCCUGAUAAAGUCAAAGGAAACUGCCUUGGAAACAUCAACUUCCUCAUUUUCAGAGAAGGAAAGGGAACUCCAAUCCAAAAUUGAGGAACUGGAGAACAAAGUGGAGGAAUUCAAUCAGAGCAUUGCCUUGCAAAAGGUUGAGAAUCUCAAUGAUACUACACACAUGUCCCAAGAAAAUGGUGCUGCAGUGUCAUUGUUCAAGAGUGAUGUAUAUUCGUUGGAGAAAGAAGCCGAAAUAUCCACUAAGGAUGACAACCUUUGUGACAUUUUGACUGAACUAUCCAUGUUGAAGGAAAAAAAUAACUCAAUGGAAACCGAACUGAAAGAGAUACAACAAAGAUACUCAGAAAUGAGUCUCAAAUUUGCAGAGGUAGAAGGUGAAAGACAAAAGCUUGUUAUGACUGUGAGAAACCUCAAGAAUAACCGGAGGGGCCAAUGACUUCUUCAUGAUAUUAUCAUGGGAACUGCUGUGUGUAGUUGCAACAGUGGAAACAGUAUAAAUGAAUAAAUUAAUGUGUACAAUGGCAAGAUAUAUAUGCAUUUUCUUCCUCUUUUCUUAGCCUUUUCUCAACUUUUGAACCGUAAAUGUGUGCCAUAGUAAGGGUACCAUUUUACAUAGUUUAUCCUUUCAGUUUGCACUGUUUAAGUGUUUUUAAGUUGCCAAUAGCGCUCAUCAGUUCUUUGAUUGUAUCAUUUUUCUUAUGCGUUUUAUAUACAUAUUCUUUUAUUGUAUCCUUUAACUGAUAUAUGAUAUAAUACAAAUGAGCAUUUUUUUU